AUGCAAUCUCCCAGGGCUAGAUACAGUCGCUGGCAGGGAGGAGGCAGAGGAAGGAACAGUCCAUGGAGAAGACUAGAUGUUGCUCAGCCACCUUCUCCUCGACUAGGUCCUGUCUUGACGACUAUCGCAAUUGAUGAUUUGCCUCUUUCAGUAGAUAAUUGGAAAAUUACUGAAUGUCGUGAUAUUGCAUCAUACAACUGGUUGAAUCGAAAGACUGCAACAAUUAUGAUCCCAGGGAAACCACCUGCCUGGACCCCUUUGACUGAACCGACCAAACUCAAAGAAGACGCGGGCCUCUACUUUCGAGACCAGAAUGCCGCGCGAUACCCCUCCCAUCCCUUCCAGCCGGCAAUCGAGGCGAUCUUCGAAAGGUAUCCGGACUUCCCCACUGCUGAUAUUGACAUCGUGGGCUGUGGUAGUACAUUGGGGAAUCUGCUGCGCUUUACCAGCAAUAUCGACAAAAAGUUUCGAUUUGUCGUGCAAUGUGUUGGAAAAACAGUGUUCUUCAUCCGCAGAGAGAAUUCGCCCACUCAGACGAUUCCUAACGUUCGGGGGUAUGGUCAUGCAUUCCCAGAGGUUUAUACCACUUGGGAUGCAGAGGUCAAAGGAUCCGAGUCGCAUCAGCGAGUUAUUCAGUAUUCUCUUGGAGGGUUGAACUGUGUUGUCCGGUUCGAGGCGGAUGGGUACCACCCUGACUUAAUCCCCCAGAAAGACCAAGUAAAGAACACUAUUACAAGUGACAGUGCUAAGGAGGACGAGAAGUCGGUCGAUCAACCCCUAUCUGCUUUCAAUGAUAACUCAGUCAGUUCAUAUCAUUUAACGGAUAAGGCUCUGACCAAGGAGAUUGGAGGAGGUUACAUUCCCCAGGCAGCCAUAUUUGACCUCAAAACUCGUUCGAUCCGCAGAAAGGACCAGGACGUCCUAGGGGAACAGCUACCUCGUUUGUGGAUUUCCCAAAUUCCCAACAUAGUCCUUGCCUUUCAUCGUUUUGGGGUGUUUGAAGAAAUACAAACGACUGAUGCUCGAGAGAUGAUUAAAAAUUGGGAAACGGAGGAGGAAGACAACCUACGCAGGCUGGUGGCAUUGUUGAAUAUGUUGACAGCCUUUGCGAGGGGACAGCCAGAUGGGCGAUUGGAAGUGUUCCACGAUGAAGGCAGUUCCGUCCUGGAGUUGAGGGUGGUUGGGGAUAAUGUCAGCAACGCUCUGCCGGAGGAGGUUGAAGACAGAUGGAUUUUGAAUCAUUGA